AUAUUAGCUCGCUGGCCUCCACAGCAGCGGUUGCGGGGGCAGUAAAGGGAGGAGAUGGUUCGAGAACAGGCCAGAAAAAAACCAUCUGUUUUUCACAGUGAACAGCAGGAAGAGUUCUGUUUACUUCAUUUGGCGAAGGCAAAGUGGAACAAUGUUGAGAGAUUUCAGCAAGCUAACGUCACCAUGCUAACUACCCACCGGGCAGCGCACUACAAGUGGAAAAGGUCCGGAAGUGAUGUGGCAGUGAUCGUCAGCCGGGCGCUGCGGGCGGAGCGUGGGAUGUUACGCUGGUCGGUUCACCUGGAGGGCGGCCCGCGGCGGGUCAAUCACGCUGCAGUGUCAGUGGGACACAAGGUGUACUCAUUCGGGGGAUACUGCUCCGGGGAGGACUACGAGACCCUGCGGCAGAUCGACGUGCACGUCUUCAACACCGGUGCGUGA